GGCCUCGGCGCUGCGACGGCCAAGAUGUUGGCCAGCCGCAAGCCUGCCAAGAUCUACAUCACGGGGCGUAAGGAGUCUGCCGCAGAGCAGACCAUCGCAGAAGGCAAGGCCGCCGGCUGCACCGGCGAGUUUAUCCGCUGUGACCACACUGACCUAGCAUCCGUGAAGGAAGCUGCGGACAUCAUCCUGGCCAAAGAAUCACGUCUCGAUGUGCUCAUGGUGAAUGCCGGUAUCAUGGCUCUUCCGCCAGGCCUCACAAGCGACGGCUACGAGCUUCACUUCGGCAUUAACCACGUUGCACACGCCCUUCUAAUCCGCAAGCUGCUCCCCCUGAUGCAGAAGACAAGCAGAGAGCACGGCAAGGCUCGCAUCAUCCCCAUCUCGAGUCUGGCGAUUUUGCUCGCGCCACGGAGUCAUGGCAUUGUCUUUGACGACCUCAAGAUAACCCAGGCGUAUUGGAUCCUUGGGAACUGGCAACGUUAUGCGCAGAGCAAGCUUGCCAAUCUCCUGUAUGGACAGGAGCUGGCCACGCGAUACCCCGAGAUCACUACACUGGUGGUUGAUCCUUGUCAUCCCCGCUGA